AAAACGUGGAACUGUGUCAAUUAUCUUAAACCCGGCGGCUCUUACGAAGAUCAUAUAAUUACAUUGUAAUUUCGGAAGGGUUUUUUUCUUUUAACUCCGUUUUUAGCUCGUUUAUGCCUUGUGGUAUUUAAUAUAAGUAUCGAUGGCACGAACAUAGGUGCUGGGAUUAUUCUUCACUUUUUUUCUUGUAACUUCAGUUCGAAGUCGAGCUUAUAAAGAGUCUUGGCGAGGGUAAUAAUAUGACAUCGCAGAUCUCUUAAAUUAUAAUGACAGAGCCCAAAGAGGAGGGCAGGUCGCCUUCGCCACUCAGAAAAUCGUGGCUUUCACGACUCAAUCCGAUCGCGCAAAGAAAGUCUUUUCCUGUUCCAGACCAGCGUACAGAAUCGCCUGAAUCGAAGGCUGGCUUUCUCAGUUUGCUUACUUGGGAAUGGAUGACUCGCAUUAUUUUUGUACGCCUUUCGAACUGGAGGGUCGGUUAUCAAAGACCACUUGAGGAAAAUGAUCUGGUUCUGAUUAAUCCAACCCGCUCGGUUCCUGUUAUUACUGCAAAGUUAAAGGAGGCAUUUGAGAGAAAGGUUGCAUCGGGAACAAGCCGUCCUUUGCUCAAAGCUAUCUAUGAGGCUUACCGCGCUGAUAUUAUCAUUGGUGCCCUUUGCUGCUUGUUGGGAAAUCUUACUCUGGUCUUGGUGCCUUUCGUUUUGAAGUAUCUGAUUGAAUUUGCAACUGAUGCGUAUAUGGCCAGCAUGACCGGAAAACCCGGGCCUCCAGUCCGCAUAGGGAUUGGAUAUGUCAUUGGUUUGACAUGUAUGCAGAUUCUGGGUAGUAUCGGUAAUAAUCAUUUCAUGUAUCGAGGGAUGGUUGUGGGUGGUCAAGCUCGAGCCGCUUUGAUCUCCCUCAUUUUCAGCAAGGUCAUGACGAUCUCCGGACGUGCAAAAGCUGGCUGGAAACCGCCGAAAAGCCCACCUACUCAUAUCAAGCCGGAUACCGAGGAGGAGAAGAAAUGGUACGCCGAUCAACUUCAAGAGACAAAGGUCGAGGGGUGGAGUAAUGGCCGCAUAAUUAAUCUCAUGUCAACCGAUACCAGCCGCAUCGACAAGGCUGCUGGAUGGAUGCACAUGGCAUGGGCCUCGCCAAUGGCAAUGCUCGUGACUAUAGCUCUUCUUCUUGUCAACCUCACCUAUAGUGCUCUACCGGGUAUCGCUAUUUUUAUGCUAUCAAUUCCUUUCAUGGGCAUGGUUGUACGACAAAUGCUAAAAGUUCGCUCCAGGGCCAACAAACUCACAGAUCAAAGAGUCAGUUUGACCCAGGAAGUCCUUCAGGCUAUUCGAUUUGUCAAGUAUUACGCCUGGGAACCCGAUUUCUUGGAACGGAUUGGAAAACUCCGUCGUAAGGAGAUUCGGUUUGUGCAGAUUCUUUACGCCAUGAAGAAUGGCAUGACUGCAAUUGGUACAUCGAUACCAAUGUUUGCGUCCAUGUUGGGCUUCAUUACUUUUUCAUUGACAAAUCAUCCUUUGAGCCCUGCCCCUGUUUUCUCAUCACUGACCCUGUUUAACCAACUUCGAUUGCCAUUGAUGUUAUUUCCUAUGGUUCUUGGUCUCAUAUCAGAUGCGUUGACGGCUAUCCAAAGAAUCGAGUCGUUUCUACUUACCGAAGACUUGCAAAAUGACGUUGCACCGACCGAUGAGCAGCCCAAUGCCGUGACUCUUGUUGAUGUAAGUUUCACAUGGGAGAAUGCUAUUGAAGGAAGGGAAGCAGCAAAAAAGGGUAAAAAAGACACCAAGAACAAACCAAAAAAGGCAAAGCGAGAGAAAAAAAAAGCGAAGAAAAACGAUGAUGCUGGAACAAGCCUGGAGAAAGAUGUCUCUACCGACACUACUGAAAGUAGCCGAGUAUCUGACCCGUUCAAAAUCGAGAACCUCAAUAUUCAAAUCGGUCAUCAUGAGUUUCUUGGUAUUGUGGGAGGUGUAGGUUCUGGGAAAACCUCUCUUCUGGCAGCACUAGCCGGCGAAAUGCGAAGAUUGCAAGGUGAUGCUAUUAUCAGUGGAUCAAAAGCAUACUGUCCUCAAAAUGCAUGGAUUCAGAACGCCACGGUCCAAGAAAACAUCAUCUUCGGUCAAGAAUUGGACGAAGAAAAGUUCCAACGUGUCAUUGAUGCGUGUUCUCUCCAGCAAGAUCUUGAUAUACUUCCCCGCGGUCGCUACUCAGACAUCGGUGAGCGCGGAGUCAAUCUUUCAGGAGGGCAAAAAGCACGUGUCAGUCUCGCUCGAGCAAUUUACUCAGAUGCGAAUAUACUACUCAUGGAUGAUCCGCUUUCAGCCGUAGAUGCACACGUUGGAAGACAUAUCAUGGAACACGCUAUUUGCGGACUUCUUAAAGACAAGUGCCGAAUUCUUGCGACCCAUCAACUUCAUAUCCUGAACAAAUGCGAUAGAAUAAUCUUGAUGGAUGAUGGCAAGAUAGUUGCAAAUGACACUUUUGACAAUCUAGUUGAAAAUGACGAAAGAUUUAAAGCAAUGAUGACAACUGUGUCAUAUGAUCAACAUGAAAAUGUUGAAAAUCCCGUCUCUGUUGCAAUUCCAAAGGAUGCCACACUUGCCACUGAAACAUUAAAAAAUAGUUUGAUGAAAGAAGAAGAUGACGGUCCAGAUGAAGUUUCAACCAGCAUGUAUUAUCAGUACUUCGGUGCCGCAGGCUUUCCCUUCGUUUUCCCACUCGUGGCAGUGUUAUUGAUACUUUCACAAGGUGCCAACAUUGUUACUAGCCUAUGGCUCUCUUGGUGGACAUCCGACAAGUUUGGAUACAAUACAGGAACAUACAUCGGCGCAUAUGCUGCCCUUGGUGUUGGUCAGGCUGUGUUACUUUUCGUAUAUUCCACAGCACUUGCUUUGGCUGGCACAAGCGCAAGUAAACACCUGCUUCAGCGAGCGAUUAAGCGAGUCCUUCAUGCCCCGAUGUCUUUCUUCGAUACAAUACCUCUCGGUCAAAUCAUGAAUCGAUUCUCGAAAGAUGUCGAUACACUUGAUAAUAACAUGAUGGACUCGAUGCGGACUGCCAGUAUGACUAUUGCUCAAAUCUUCUCAGUGUUCAUUCUUGUCAUUGCCUAUUAUUAUUACUUCGCAGCAGCCGUGGUACCUCUACUUAUGAUAUAUAUUUCCAUCGCACUCUAUUACAGUGCAUCAGCGAGAGGGAUUCAAAGACAUGAGUCUCGCUUUCGAGGUCGUGUUUUCGCACGUUUCAACGAGGCUGUUUAUGGCACUGCAACGAUUCGGGCAUAUGGACUGGCGAAAGAUUUCACUAAAAACAUAAAUGACGCCAUCGACCAGAUGGACAGUGCGUACUUUCUAACAUUUGCAAAUCAAAGGUGGCUCGCUGUUCGGCUUGACGCUAUCGGUGUCAUUCUAGUAUGUGUCACUGAGAUUUUGGUGGUGACUUCGCGAUUCAGCAUCUCACCGAGUAUCAGUGGGCUGGUUCUGUCAUAUCUCUUAUCCAGUGUACAAAUGCUGCAGUUUACAGUACGACAGGCAGCCGACGUUGACAACAACAUGAACUCUGUCGAAAGAAUUAAUUACUAUGGACGAUACGUGGAACAAGAAGCCCCAUCUCAUACAGUACUGGUACCAGAAGAAUGGCCAAGUAAGGGUGAAAUCAUAUUCCGUGAUGUACACCUGAGGUACCGUCCCGGGUUACCUUUUGCACUGGAGAAACUCGACCUCCAUGUUCAACCGGGCGAAAGAAUCGGUGUCGUUGGCCGUACCGGUGCCGGCAAGUCAACCAUUAUUAUGGCGCUUUUCCGUAUGGUCGAGCUGUCGCAAGGGAGCAUCGAGUUGGAUGAUUUAGACAUUGGCACCAUAGGACUGAACGAUUUGCGCUCUCGUAUGGCCAUUAUACCACAAGACCCGACCCUUUUUGCAGGGACCGUGCGGUCAAAUCUUGACCCCUUUAAUACUCACACAGAUCUUGAGCUUUGGUCUGCAUUGAGAAAAGCCCAUCUCAUCGACCAUGACAAUUCCACGGAUACGGGAAAUAAGACUGGACAGCAUCAAAUAACUCUUGAAUCGGUGAUAGAAGAAGGUGGGAACAACUUUUCGCUAGGUCAGAGGCAGCUACUGGCAUUGGCACGCGCCCUUGUUCGAGGCAGUAAGAUAAUCAUCUGCGAUGAAGCCACUAGUUCGAUUGACUUUGAAACGGACUUGAAGAUCCAGGAAACUAUUUCGGACGGUUUUAGUGGUUGCACACUAUUUUGUAUUGCCCAUAGGCUGAAGACCAUCAUUGGCUAUGACCGUAUUUGUGUCAUGGAGCGUGGGAGGGUGGCCGAACUAGCGUCCCCAUUGGAGCUUUAUGACGCCGGAGGAAUCUUCAGGAGCAUGUGUGAACAGAGCUCAAUCACCCGGGAAAACAUAAUUGCAAGUAGGAGAAGGGAUUGA